AUGUCUGUUGUCUGCGAUUUCUCGUUCCUGUGGGUGAGACUAGCCUAUAUGUGGUUGUUCCAAAUGGGACAACCUGAUUUGAGCUUGCUGGGCGAGAUCAGUAGCAUUGAUCCUGACAGGGAUGGCAUCUGCCCGAACUUCAACAUGGAGGAUCCAGUGGUCAAGAAUGGAGGAAGACCCGAAGUAGUCAGGACGUGGUACUGUCUGCAAGAUCCAAAGACUGGGUCGCUGGUCGAAGAGAUGACAGCCUGUUCAUUCUGCGUGGCGCACAUAAACGUCCUCUUUCCCUGCCUCAAGCGCAUAUUUGCACCGAUUGCAAACGGGCAAAGGCUUCUCGCUACCUGCGAUCUAAUGACCCAGGGAAAUGGCCAACAGCGGUGUGUCGAGAUUGUUGAUCAGAUGGCCGCCGUUGCGCAAAGUACUCUUGAAACGAAGACACGAGACACUACACCACUGAUCGAUUUCGUCAAGAAAUGGGGUCCAAUUCCUGCCUGUCAACAAGGGAAAUUGGUCUCGGGCCAAAAGCAGUACAGCUUCCCUUCUACGGUUCCGGAGUUCACCGCCUGCGAAGAGUGCUACCUCAGACACAUCGAACCUUUGUACUCUCAGUCACCCCAACCAGCGAUCCUCGCGCAGCUUGAGGAGCAAGAGGCAAAACCCGGGGGCUUCCUGUGUGAUCUCUUUUCACCACGUCUCCAGUCCUACUUCACAGACGCCAGUCGUACAAACGACAUCUCCACCUUCCGCCAAAAGCUCAUGACGCGAAACAACAAGAUGCAAGAAAUUGAGAUUCAGCUUCGGCGUAUGAAGCAGGAGAUUCAGCAAUUUAAAGCGCAGGAGAGAAUGCACAGGAAUCAGAUGAUUGUUGCGCAGUCGCAGGCCAGAAUCCGCAGUACACAAUGGGCUGUCAGCGGCUGGAGCGCACCGCCGAUUGAUUGGGGUAUAACAAACGUGGAGAUGGCGAAGGCAAAUGAGAAAGCGAUGCAAGCUGCCAUCCUCCAGGACAGCAUGACGGACUUGGAAAACGAAUGGAUUAGAUACUGGAAAUGA